AUGCAGAAUGCCAAUACGAGCGGCCUCGAAAGAGACGUCGUAUCCCCCGAGAGGCCUAACGUCUUGUAUGAAGAGAGUGCGGAUUGGUUACCUGCUGAAACCGUUGACGUGAGCACCCCUACAGAGGCACAGCAACUAGAUUCAGUGCGUGUGGACAAUUCUGCGGAGACGCAACUUACUACAGUCCCUCCCGUGCAGCUGGAAACAGAAUACUGGGACCUUGGUAUGGGGGAGUGCUUCUUCUACCCAACGAACCUUCUCGGAGUGGUAGAUCUUCCUCCUUAUGUGCCCUCACUACCAUUCAGCGUGCCUCAAAGUCCCGGAAUAUACCUCUCACCUCCACUCCAGAAUCUCUCCAGUCAAAACGGAGUGCUUGAUCGUCUCGCCGAUGACAGCACCAUCCCGCAGCUCAUCGAUGUGUUUCUAGAGCGCCUACAACAAUCCAUGCCCUUCUUCACCCGUUCAUAUCUGCAUCAAAACAUCGCGCGUCAACGACAUCUUCAAGAUCGGUCUUUCGGCUCUUUGGUGCAGGCCAUUUGCUCUCUGGUCCUUCUGCAGCCAGUCCAGAGCCAGGAGAAACACUCAUGGCCAAAUCGUGAAGCGAGAGCCGACGCUCACUUGGCUCUGGCUGUAAACUUACACUCACAGUCUGAUCUAGGUCAGAGUCCGACUCUAGAAACAAUCAUGACGAGCGUCUUUUUGUUCGCGUGUCAAUUCUGCAAGGGAAAUUUCGAUGCAGCCCGAUUUCGGCUGAGAGAGGCUGCAGCUCUAGCGGAGGUGAUGAAUCUCGACAAGCCUGAAUCGUACGGCCGGAUUGGAGACACUGAGAAACAGCGAAGACUCCGAACAUUGAUCAGCCUCACAAUUAUUGAGAGGAUCUACUCGGUUCAAAGAGACUACAUCCCUGGCACGAAAUCACUAAGCCGGAACAAGCUGCAAGAGCUACAGAACGCCAUCGCAUCUUCGCAUGACAGGGGUGAAAGCGAGAACAUCAUUGCCAUGGAAUGUAUCAGCAACAUGCUCGAGCAAGUGGACUUUAUUGACCCCGAUAUAAUAAAAUGCUGGAAAGGUUUCUGCUGGGAAGAAGAGGCCCCGACACACGUCACCAGAAGCACGAUACUCUCUCUGCUACGACGUUACCGGAUUCCACCACAGUUUUCUGGAUCUUCUGGUAUUGAUACUCAUGCUCAGCAUGCAGAUAUCCUUGUUACUAGACACUGGAUCAGGAUAAAGCUGUGGUCUUUGGCUAGUAGCCACGGCUAUGUCGAAGCUCUUUCUGACGAUGAGGAGUUCCGUCAUGAAUACGCCGUGAUCAUUGCCAGUGAGGCUCUUGACACCUGUUUACAGUUCCAAAUGACUAGCCUCGAAGUACAUGGCAUUGGACUUGUUGAGAAACUCUCCGAUCUAGCAACUUGUGCCGCACUUCAAAUCAACGAAUCUCACGCUACCUUCUCGCCUACCCAAGAGUAUCCCAUCCCUACAGACUUGAACAACCCUGAUUCAAACGGGAUACUGUCACAGGAAGACUCUCCGAACUCAAUGUCAAGUUCAGGGGACUCUAGAAUGAUCAACUUCCGUGCUAGACUCCUCAAUAUCGCAGCUCUUGAGCCUAGCUCGGCCCUCACCCCUCUGGUCAACCCCGUAACUGGCGAAGCUAUCCCCGAUUUCCCACGCACCUAUGGCGAGGUCCAGCGACUCAACGCUCGUGAGCUUGGCGGUCUUCUGCGAGCCCUCAACCUGCGCAGUGCUAGAAAUGCUGAGCAGAAGCGAGCUGACUUCUUCCGGGCGAUUGGCGCGAUCCCGAUUACCCGCCGUUAG